ACGCCACAUCUUAACGGCGUUACUCCCCGGUUAAUGAGGUAGAUCAUUUGCACAUGCUAUUAACAUUGAAAGCAAUAAAAAUCAGAAUAAAUUAUAGUUUUGAUAAAACAAUUUCGCUGUGAAAGUCUUUGCUAAAACUAUAACGAUUGUUGUACUUAAAGAUUUUUUCCAACUAUAAAAAUCUUGAUAGAAACUAUUCAAACGCUCGGAAAAAUAAAGAGCAUUUGGUAAAUAAAGGUAAACGGACAGUGUUGGCUGGAGGAUUAUCAUAUAAGUAAUUUGCAAAAUGGGAGUAGUUGACGGAUUUAAGGGUGCUGGGCUAUUUGCUAAGAUAGCCCUAGUAUUGUUGCUAAUAGCGACGCUGUUUGUGUGGAUAGCCUACACGUGCACUGGCUGGGGAGAGGCAAAGUCUGGUGCUAAUGAUGGCACACACAUUGGGCUGUGGCGUAUAUGCUCAGACAACAAAUAUACCCCUGGAUGCUCUCAAACAGACGGCUGGGCAAACGAUUGGUUUGCCGCCUGCCAGGCUUUGGUGACAUUCGGAUUCUUUGGUAUAAAUGUGGCAUUGUUCCUCCUUAUAUUGUACAUAUUUGUACCCAGUUGUCAGAAGAAUGGAGAAAUUGCCAUGGCAACAGCCAUCAUUUGCAUUGUCACAGGCGUUCUCUACCUAAUCGGGGUCAUUGUGUUUGCUGCAGAAUUCAAAGAUGAUUUCAUAGAUCCUGGAGACUCGAACCCGGCCUGGGGAGAUUACGAGCUCAGCUAUUGCUUCGGACUAUCUGUGAUUGCUCUAAUACUAGAAAUAGUGGCUGGAGUUCUAGCUAUACUUGACUCAAAGAAAGGAGGGACAUCCCCUUCAGCAUGAUAGGUCGUUUUUUUAUAGCAAUAACUAAUAUUCACAAUAUAAUAAAUCUAGCCGUGACCUUCUUAUUUUGUAUAUUGCAGCGACUCUGUGAUAAAAACAAACACACAAAAAUGUACUGUUUUUAUUGGCGUAAUAACUAUCUAAUAUUUCUUUUUUGUGUUCGUGUGUUACGUAAACAUGAAGAUAUUCUACAGGUCUGAAUGAUAUAUUUAUUUGCAUAAUAUUAUUUUAUGGUACCUAUGUGUAUGGUACACAUGUUAAAUGGUUGAUUACCUAUUGUUACAUUCUUAUUUCUUAAUAUAAUAUAUGAGAUGUUUCAAGAUAUAUCUAACACAUUUGGUAGUUUAAUUUUAUUGCAAGAUAACAUCAAGAUGGUCAUCAUAACAUAAAACAUACAAUUUUUCUUUAAAAUAGAUUUUUACAGUAAGUAUCCAUGAACGUUGCUUCCAAUAACUUAACUUAUUAUUACCCAGCCUAUCGUAUUUAUUUGGAUUUGAUACAAAUUUCGUGCCUUUCCUAUAAUAUAAAGAUUUAUCAAACAUAUUUACACUCUUUCCCUUGAGAGCGUAUAAUGUUAACCAUGGCGUUUUGAUGUUUCUCUUUUUUUUCAAUCAAUGUCAUCAAACAAAGCGCCGUAAUGGUCACAGGUACCAAUAAUUGUUAAACACCAUUAUGUCAAGAGAACAGUGUCAUCUUCCACCAUACGAGCAGCUCUAACAAAACAAACAAAACAAAACAAACAAAAAAAACCAAAAAAAAAACCAAAAAAAAACCAAAAAAACAAAAAAAAAAAACAAUGUGCUUCUAGGUACCCGACAACUCUUUUUCUUAAUGAUCUUUUUUUUUUCAUUCUCUAACAUUGGCAGAUCUUUCAAGUUUAUUGUUCUAGACUGCAUAAAGAACACACUUGACGGCGUAUAGAAGCAGCAUAAUAGAACAACAAGUGUACCAAUACUCACAUUUAGGACAAGUUACUAAAUAAAUAAAUAAAUAUAAUUCCAUAGAUUAUAAAAAAUCUCUAUCUAUACACCAGUCUUAGUUAAAGGGACAUUUUAUCUAAUACAUACAUUUUUGUUAUUUACAUAUAUGCACUUUUGGCCUUUAUAUCUAUGCAAGACCUUUUCGUAUUUCAAAAUUAAGUGCGGAAAAUCUGUGGUAGCAGCUAUCUGUAACAAUUAUACGUGUAGUUUGUCUUUGAGAAGGAUUCGCAGUACAUGCAUGUAUAUGUAAUAUAUAUAAUUGUAAUAGUAUUUAUAUAAAAGCCAUUUGAUAAUAAACCAAUUGUUUUA